ACUGUAGACUACGUGUAACGCUUCCAAAAUUUAAUGUCAAAUAAUUAAUUUAUUUGGAUCUUACUCAUGAAGAUGAAGAUGUGAAUGCAAUGGAAGGCUUGAAGCCUAUAAAUUCACGGAACAAACUACCACAGUUGACAAAUCAAGUUUCAGUUUUCAAGAUUAACCCUUUUUGUUCAUAUUCAUAAAUCCCAUUCAGGAAACCGAUUGAUUUUAAAGGCAGAGAAGAAGAAACAAGAAAGUUGUACAGCAUCAAAAUCUAGAAAUGUCAGAGCAUCAAAACAAUAACGGCGACAAGAGACAACGCGGCCAUCUUCUACCAAAACGCAUCAUUUUAGUCCGCCACGGCGAGUCUCAGGGGAACCUCAACACCGCCGCCUACACCACCACUCCCGACCACAAAAUCCCGUUAACGGAACUCGGGAUCACGCAGGCCAGAGACUGUGGCUCCCAUUUGAAGUCCUUAAUCUCCGCCAACACCACCUCUUCCGACUACCGUCUCUACUUCUACGUGUCGCCUUACGAGCGGACGAGAUCCACUCUCCGAGAGAUCGGACGGUCGUUCUCCAAGAAACACAUCAUCGGUGUCAGAGAAGAGUGUCGGGUUAGAGAACAAGAUUUCGGCAAUUUUCAGGUUAGCGAGAGAAUGAAAGUGAUAAAGGAGACAAGAGCGAAGUUUGGGAGGUUUUAUUAUAGGUUUCCUGAAGGGGAAUCUGCUGCAGAUGUUUUUGAUCGUGUUUCAGGUUUUUUUGAAUCCCUCUGGAGGGACAUAGAAUUGAACAGGCUUAAAAGUGACCCUUCCCAGGAACUAAAUCUUGUCAUUGUAUCACACGGUCUGACCUCGCGUGUCUUUCUCAUGAAGUGGUUCAAAUGGACGGUUGAGCAAUUUGAGCUGUUAAACAACCUUGGAAACUGCGGGUUUCGGAUCAUGGAGUUAGGAGAUGGUGGAGAAUAUAGCUUGGCUAUCCAUCACACAGAGGAAGAGAUGCUCGAAUGGGGACUCUCUCCUGCAAUGAUCGCUGACCAAAAAUGGCGAAUCCACGCCAAAAAGGGUGAUUGGAAUGAAAAUUGUUCAUGGUACUACGAUGAAUUUUUCGAUCAUUUGACAGACUCUGAAGAAGAAGAAGAAAAGAGAAAACAUGAUACAGAGUAUUACAAUGCUGAUUCCACAUUCGAGUCAUCGUCGUCAUGAAAAAGAUCAAACAUUUUCAAAGCUGUAAAGAAUUAGUUCUCUUUAUUCUUUGGAUUCAUGAAACUGUAAUUCUAAUAAUGCUGAUUCUUUUUAGUGAACACAUGAUGCCGAGAGAAUUCCCAGCUAUAGUAGUGGCAUCUUUACAAGGUUUGAUUGUAAUUCUAUGUUAAUUAACAAUUAGUUUAAUGUAAUUGAUUCAAUUUCUGUCUGGAUUAGUUGGUGAUCUUCUUAACGGAAAAGUGAUUGGAAGUUGGCAAGCUAGAUGCCCUUUUCAACAAGCAAAUUCAUGAGCUUCAAGGCAUGAAAUUCAGUCUUAAAUGCCAAAAACAGUGCAAGCAAGUUUU